GUUGGUGGUGGGUGCUGGAGAACGUGGAACGGCCAGUGUCACGUUGGCGCUAGUUGAAGGUGGACUACGUUGAUCCUCUGCAAGUUAUAAUACGUUCAGGAAGCAUGUCUGAGGAAACCAACGGCCAGGAGAACGGGACGGUGCCUGAGGUGGAGCUGAUCAUUAAGGCCUCCACCAUCGAUGGGCGACGGAAAGGUGCUUGUCUGUUCUGCCAGGAGUACUUCAUGGACCUGUACCUGCUGGCCGAGCUCAAGACCAUCUCCCUCAAGGUCACCACAGUGGACAUGCUCAAGCCGCCGCCAGAUUUCAGGUCAAAUUUUGAGGCCACUCCUCCUCCCAUCCUGAUUGACAAUGGCUUGGCAGUUUUGGAGAAUGACAAGAUUGAGAGACACAUCAUGAAGAACAUCCCGGGUGGCCACAACCUCUUUGUUCAAGAUAAGGACGUCGCACAGAGGACAGAAAAUGUGUACAGUAAAUUCAAGCUUAUGCUUCUUAAGCGUGAUGACAACUCUAAGAACAUCCUGUUGAACUACCUCCGCAAAAUCAAUGAUCACCUUGGAGAGAGAGGGACAAGGUUCCUCACCGGGGACACAAUGUGCUGCUUUGACUGUGAGCUCAUGCCCAAGCUGCAGCACAUCAGAGUGGCCGGGAAAUAUUUUGCCGACUUUGAGAUCCCUGAGGAGCUGGAGCACUUGUGGCGAUACAUGUUCCACAUGUACCACCUUGACGCCUUCACACAGUCCUGCCCAGCCGACCAGGACAUCAUCAAUCACUACAAGCAGCAGCAGUGGAGGAUCUGUCCACUGAAAGAAGGCACCAGAAUGAAGAAGCACGAAGAGCUGGAGACCCCCACCUUCACCACCUCCAUACCGGCCACCAUCCGCCCCUGAGCACACAACGCUGUCUUCUGAAAUCAGCUCCCAAUAAUUUUUUUUAAUGCUUCAAGGUAUUUGAGUUGGUGAAAGGCAAUAACAGAUUAACUUUGCUCAACAUUUUUUGAUACAAGUGAUCUAACAAUAUUUCAUACUGUGAUUAAUAUGCAGAUAAUUUCUUCUCUUGAUUUAUUUUGUUUUAUUAUUUUUUACUUUAUUGCAUUAUUUUUAUCGCCAGUUCAGUUCAUGUUGGAGUUAAUCUUAUUUUGAGAGUGGCUGAAUAUUGCCUCUCACCAGACUGAAAACACAAAAUAUCUUGUAGCACUUUUGAUAUCCAUUAAGGCAGUAGGUCAUAACAAGAUUGCUAAGCAUUUGUGAUGAAAGUCACAAAUUUAUAUUGAAGAAUUUGCUAUGAUCAUAAUGCAGACCACUUUUGUACCUAUUUGAGUGGUGUCAAAGCAAUUAAAUGUUUAGCUUGUGCCUUGUUUAGUCAUUACUGUUUAUUGUAUAGUUUCAACUAUUUGUCAUUACUCUCCUGAAUUCAUUGUCAUCUCAGCUUUUUACUCCUUGAGGAGGAAGUGUUUAUGUACCGUACCUCUAGGCUACAGUGUGUGAGACAUUUAGGAUUCAGAUAGGAUGUUUGUGCAAAAUUAACGCCAUUGCAGGUGUCAUUAUGUGAUUACUUUACAACACAGGGGAAGGGAAUUAUUCUGUUCCAUCUGAUUCUGUAAAUACUGACACUGCAUAUUCCCUGCAGAGAAAUAUUUUGUAGAAUUUUUGUAAGCUUACCAGUUGAAUAUGUCUCUAAUGGACAAUUUAUUUUUUGUUUUUCUUAUUGUUAUUCUAUUUCAUUUUCAUAUUCUUCCCUUUUUUCUGCUAUCAUGGAGUCAUUUAAUGUGUGGGAAGAGGCAAGUUGUAAAAAAGCUAUUUAUAAUUUGCUCUUCCGUUACUUCCAUUGUUGUCCAGGCCCUUGAGAAUGGCAAUAUUAUUUAUCAACUGAAAUGUCAGAUUUAUACCAUGCAACAAUAUUUAUAUUGCAUAGGAUUCAUAACUAUUGUUUAUCAUUUUUCCUCCAUGUCUUUUGAUAUCAAUUUCUUAUGGAGUAAAGUGUGUGAAAAUUUAAUACCUUUGUUUUGUUAUUAUGUCUGGCCAGUUAGAAUUAGAAUAUGGACUCAUGUCAUACUUCUAAGAAAUUAAAUAAAAAUUAGGUAUGGAAGUAAAGAAUCAUAGGCCAGAAAACCAAGCAGAUGGAAUAAAUUUGUGCAUGAUUUUAUUUACAUUGAAAGCGUGGUACUAUCUUCCUGAAAACAUGAUGUGGAUUUCUGUCUGAAUCACAAAUACUUUCUUGAUGUCCUUGUGCCAGUUAACUAUUAUUAUCACAAAUUAUUUUAAAUCAUAUUCCAAUAGUACUCUGAAUAUAUUGGAUCACUGCAGCCUCUAGAGCUACAGUGUUAUCUUGUUGAUUACCAAAAUUUGAAGCCAUUAAAAAGUUUUAUUACAUUUUUGCUGUGAUCAAAGACUUUCAAAGCUGAUUUUUUUGCUUAGAGAUGAAGUUGGGAUCACCGUGGGAAUUUUUUUUUUUGGAAAUCUAUUGACCACAAUUCAAAAUAGUAUAAGAACCACCAUCACUGACCACAAAGUGCAUCAUCGAAUAUAGUUUGUUGCUCUUUGCCUUGGUGGUCUGUCUUGUCACAAUAUCUCGUGUUGCAAGACAUGUUCAGGUUUUCAAAGGAUCACAAAAUUACAUGAAAUAUUCCUCAGUACACACAUCUACUGAUAAGUUGUAUUAAUUAAGUUGCUAUUUAUAUUGAUAGUUUGGGCAUAGCAAAUGUGAAUAGAAUAUGUCCCAGCAGUUUAGGAAAAAAUAGUUUCAAAUAGUUUUUUUUAAUAUUGAUGAGCAGGUUAUGUUUAGUUAUGUAAAGAGAAACAGCCAGGUGUCUCGCCAAAGAAUGAAAUUUGAAUGAUGCCACACUAUUUCACGGCAGUGUUUGACUGUGCAGGGAUGCGAAGUGGAAGAUCAAUUUGGCUUAGUAUUGUCAAGACCAAAGUCAAUAGGUGUGAAAAUGUAGUAAUUGGAGUCUCAUUAGUGGACCUCAUCAGUUCCCAAGAUCUGUGGCUUUAAAUCUUCCCACGGAAUGUAUUAAACUUUUGGUGGAAUGUAUUUAAACUAUUGAACUACAAAAUUUGGAAGAUGUUGAAGCAUGGAUUGUUCACGGAAAGGUGUUGUAUACUGUACAUGAUAUCCAGUUGAGGUGCAGUAUGAUUGACAUGUGUACCACUUGAGCUCUUGUUGUAAUGGCUCGUCAAUUUUCCAGUUCUUAAGAAACAUAAAUAAUAUAUUGUAAAUGAAA